UCAAGUUGCACCUCACGCAGUCAAAAGACAGAACGACACAUCCUAAAUUUUUGUACAGCAGCAAGAUUUAUUUACAUUGCAAAAUGUUCAAGUUAUCAUUCGCCGUGCUUGUUGGCAUUGUCCUCUCUGCCAAUUCAGCGUCUCUUCCAGGAUCAUCAUUGACGAAGUAUGUUGGCCCCAAAGCUUCCCAGGGACCACUGGCUUUGUCAGGAUUUACUGAUUGUGGAGUUGCCACUCUUGUUGAUGUCACCUUGUCGGGAUGUGCAUCCGCCCCAUGCACAUUGAAUGCUGGAAGCUCAUACACGCUUGAUGUCACGUUUAGACCACGGGACUUCCACUGGGACAUGUCACAUAGGGCCAUCCUUUUGAGGGACACUCAACUCCUAGAACUUUCUGACGGACCAAUUCCUGACAGCACGAUUGAUCCUGCACAAGUUUACGUCUUUUCGUACACAUUCAACGCGGCAUCAUCUCACAUGGGGCAAGGCGAAUUCCGACUGAAAACUUACCAAAAUUACGUGCACGAACUCUGCUUGGUCAUCCCAAUCAAUAUCGUUUAGGAAUGUUAAGCUCCUCUCGGUUGGACUUCAGAAAUACAAACGAAAUCUUUCAUUUCUCAAAAUUUAGUAUGUAAUAAAAUUGUGAGCAUCGUAGAAGGACGAA